GAGACUUGGAUCCUUAGUAAAUCAGUGCCCAAUUUUGUGUAGUUUUGAACAAUUAGUUUCUCUGAAAUCUGUGAAAUGUCUUCUAUGUUACGAUCAGUUAGGAAUAUACCGGCAUUGAAAGCCCUUGCCGAAGCUUCCUCUUAUUAUGGAACCAUCAGGCCUCAAGAAAUACUUCACCUACGCAAUAAUUUAAAUUUAUUCUGUUCUAGGUUUAUUAGUGCACAGCAGAAAUUUGAGACCAGGAGUGAGAAGGACAACCACAGCUAUGAGCUCAGCAACCUGUUGGAGAGGCUCAAUACUGAAGGGAGGAUGUUUGGUCGCAUCUCAAACAAGCUUGUUCAAGAUGCUAUAUCUCUUCUGCGAAAACCUGAGUCAGUGAGCUCGUCUCAAAGCCUGGUGGUGCUGCGCUGCUGUGGAGCCCUCAUGCCCGAAGAGCUCCCUGACUACCGCACCAAGCUUGCUCAGAAUGUCUGGCAGAUACUCGAGAAACGCGGUGUCCCCAUGGACUUGUCCCAUUACAAUGCAUUGCUCCGAGUCUACAUUGAAAAUGAAUACGACUUUUCUCCAGCCGCAUUCCUUGAAAAUCUAGAAAGUAAAGGAAUUGAGCCCAAUCGCGUGACGUACCAACGACUCAUAACUCGUAAUGCACAGCUUGGAGAUAUUGAAGGAGCCACCAAGAUUCUCGAAAAGAUGAAGGAGAAAAAUCUGUCCAUUAAUGAGAGCAUCUUUAAUUCACUCAUCCUUGGUCACUCCAGAGCGGGUGACACAAAGAGCGCUGAAGACAUGCUGCAGGUGAUGCAGAGUAGCGGCCUGGAGCCUUCAGUGGACACCUACCUCGCUCUGGCCAUUUCUCAGGCCGAGCAUGGCGAUAUAGAGGGUGUCAAGGCCACCAUCAGCCAGAGCGCUGGGCAGGAGCAGGCGCUGCAUGAUAGAGACAUCAUGGAGGUCAUAUACGCACUCGCCUCCAAAGGGCAUGCCGAGCAUGUUCCUGAGAUGAUUUCGUUGCUCAGGAAGGAAUGGGGCUACAACCAGGACUGCAAGAACCUUAUUUUCCGCUUGCUGAACGCUGGUUGUGACGACUCUGCGCGCCUCGUCUACGACACAAUGGACUCCCUUGCUGACCCUGAAUCUCAGUCCAACCUCAACCAGGGACUCUUUUAUGUCAAGCAUCUCAUCAUUAGAGACAAGCCCAUAUCAUCAAUCCUGAGCAUGUGCGAAGACGUCUCAGGCAGCAACCCUCACCUGCUACAACGUUCCCUCGAGGCCGCCCUCGCGCGCAAUACGAAGCUCGUAUACCCCAUCAUGGACGCUAUUCAGGCCAAAGGAGCUGACCUGCGACCGCACUUCUUCUGGCCAUUGAUUGCACAACUCUCGGCCCGCGGCGAUGUUAACGGCAUUUACGAUGUACUGGGCAACAUGAAGUCUCGUGGAGUGCCAGUGAGCAUGUCCACGAUGCUGGACUAUGUACUGCCAACUCUCUUCAAGGAUCCUGAGGUUCAAGUUGCCGCGGUCAUGAACAAGCUCGAGCAAGCAGGCAUCUAUUACUCGGAGUCCGUCAACGCAAUUUCUGCCUACCUUGUGAAGCAGGGAGAUUUGGCCGCCACUGUCGAUCUGCUGAAGCGUUUCCGCUUCCGCCUCGUACCGUUGCUCCGACGAGACCUAGCUGUGGCUGUCGCUCGUACUAGAGACUACACGAACGUCGCGGCCAUCAUGGGACAAGUGCGUGCGGGCGCGCCUUCUGACCGCGAUCAUGAAGAAGAAGAAGAAUCUCUGCCUCUGCCUGAUGGAGAGGAGAUGGAAGAGGACAUCAAGAACCCUGCCGCCCCUGACUCCAAAGAUGACGUCGUAGGCCAGUUCUUAGUAGACGUUACCUACAGGGUUGGUUCUGACGCUGCUGAUUUUGACUGGGUCGCGCUUCUCACUGCACUGAAAGAUCGCGGCCUAUCAAUUUCAAAGGAUAGGGAGGCGACAGUUUCACAUCGGUUGGGCUCUAAGGCCACGUCAGAGGUAAACAGCCUCCUGAGCACGCUUGCUUCAGGCUCACUCACCAGGGUUGAUCUGGACCGGACAAGUUCAUAUCAGUCUCAGACCUCCUAUAACAGGAUGCCUGUUAAGCAGCUUGAAGCAGCGCUGGAGCAAUGCACCUCAAAUGGUGGUGACCCUAAGAACAUCCUCAUCAAACUCCUAGCGGCGUAUGCCAGAACCGGUGACGUUGAGAAAGCUGAGGAAACUUUCAAGGUUCUGCAGGAGACUCACCAGUUCCCUAUUGGUGUUGGGCUUCGACUUCUCAUGAUAAACAUGUACUGUAACGCACAAAAGCUUCAGCCCGCUGAAGAAAUUCUAGCAAGUAUCAGAGCCACAGAUCCUGACGCAGUCUUCAAUUCACCUAUGCUGCUCAAGCUUGCAAUUCUUUACGUCAACGAAGGAAAAAUUGAUGAGGCUGUUUCAUUCCUGGAGACUGAGGGCAAAAGAAAACUUGCAGCCAAGGAUGAAGCUGGUCAUGAUGAGCCGGAGAGUUUAAACAAAGACCAGUUUAUUGAGGUGAUGUGCAGUCGGCUGCUGUCGCCCCUGGCAGACCGCGGUGACGUGGACGCAGUAAUGCGUCUCGAGCGCGCUAUCCUGGACAACCGCAUCGCUCUCCCUACCCGCCGCCUCCUCGGAGCCGGCGUCAAGGCCUACAUCGUCAAAGGCGAUAUUGAGUCAGCUAUGGCUUGCAUUGUUGACUGCAAGAAGAACUACAAUGUGCUGCCGUUCAAGAGCGGGUUAACCAAAGAACUCAUCAAGCGAGAAGACACUCAAAGACUGCAACAGCUGGUGGACAUGACGACGGAUCUGUACGGGGAAUACAACAGCCUGCUGGACCUCACAAUUGGAUUUGUGGAUGAGGGGAGAGUCAAGGAGGCAAAACGUGUACUGGAGACUCCAGGAUUACGCAUCCCGAACGAGCGUCUUGUGCAUUUGUGUGAGCUCUACGCGAGAGAAAACAAAACCAAGUGCCUGGAAGACCUGCUUGCAGCCACCGCUGAUGUGUCCUCGGUUGACCGACGUCCCAUCUUUCAUCAUUUGUUGAAGUCUAUCAUAAAGGAUGGAAACUGCGAUAAGGCGCUGGCUCUUUGGACACAGAUGCAAGAUGAAGACGUGUUCAUCUCGGAUCAAUUCCUUCACGAUCUUGGCACGUUCCUCCAAGAGAACGGCAAGACCGUUCCUUUUGCUAUCCCAGAUUUGUCUGGUCGGACUGAAGCUCCUACUCCUCGAAUUGUGCUACAGCCUCAAGUCAAGAAGGAACAAGCUGCACCUCGUAUCGAAGCUACGUCUGCCCAGAAGGAUGAUCCUAGGUUGCUGGAGUAUCGGAAACGUCUGCAAGACAACGAAUUGGAUGAAGCUGUUACUCUUUUCAACGAGCUGUCCAAGAAAUCCGAGUCUUUGUACAACAGAGAUCGAUUAGAUUUGAUUCAGAAGCUGUUUGAGGCGGACAGGUUUUCCGAGGCUGUCCAAAUUAUAAAGUUGUCUCCUAAAUUCCGUGGUCAAAGCUUCGUGAAAUUCGUCACCUUAAGGCGGGUGCUGCAAAUGCUUGCUGACAAAGGCGACUACGACACGAUUGAUUACUUCGUCGACACGUCUCGCCCCAAGGAGCAAGGUUCCAUAGUUCGUCAACUGUGCGUGGCUGCAGGUCGCAGCAAUAAUGCUGAUCGGUGUUUCACGAAGUUCAACAUAAGGUUUGACCAGGCAACAACUCCUGAGGAACUGAACCUCGUUAGCAUGCAAUUCUCAAAAGCUGGCUUCCUGUGGCUCUUGAACAACGACUCGUCACUACUGCCAAAGAUGGAAAUUUUGGCCGAGAAACUAAAAUCUAGAGACGUGAUGGACGGCGUUUCUAUUCUGUGGGCCUAUCACUUCAUUAAAGCUGAUAAAAAGAAGCUAAGUGAAUUGAAUGAAGUGAUGCGGAGCAAGAAGACCGUCUUGCCUCACUCCGCUGUAUGUGACUACGUCAGGGACACCAGGGAUGUAGCAGUCGCUGAGAGAUUUUUGGCGACUUUGGAAGCUAACCCUGAGAUGAGCACACCGACCAUCAAGUUGGCGACGCACUGCGCAUUAAUGGACCUGCAUUGUCACAAAAAUUCCCUUAAAGAAGCGAUGCAGCAUUUGGAAGAGGCACUAAAACUCACUAAUCUCGAAUCCAUUCCCCGAACAUCUCUGGAGAUAAUCAAGGGGCUGCACGCUGCUCACGACCUUCCCUUCCCUUACACCAUUCCUACUAGGCAAAGGACCAAGAGUCAAGUUUGAAAACCUGUGGGAGCGGCCUACUUUCACUUCAUUUCCAUGAAUCUUGAGCGUUGAUGUAACCAGCUUUUCAAUGAUUCAUCUCUCGUGUGUAGUAAUCAUGAUCACUGUACGGUGGGCAUUUAAAAUGUGUAAAUAUGCCUCAUAAUAAUCUACAACCAAUCGAUGGAACAAAUUUUCAGUGAAAUGAACUAAAUUUGUAUUCAACAAGCUAGGGAAAAUAAAAUCUGACCAGUAA